AUGAGGUGCUUUUGGUAUAUAAUUUGUUUCUGUACCCUGCAGUCAGAUGCAUGGUCUGACAAUAAGCAGAGAAAGUUCCGAAGUGACUUUAAAUUUGGUGUGUCCACAUCUGCAUAUCAAAUAGAAGGGGCAUGGAAUGUUGACGGAAAAGGGGAAAGUAUAUGGGACAAGUAUGUCCGUGACCAUCCUGAGGCAAUAAAAGAUGGAAGGAAUGGUGAUGUUGCCUGCGAUUCGUACCAUAAUUACAAACGGGAUGUGGAAAUGCUGCGAGAGCUUGGUGUAGACCAUUACAGGUUCUCUAUAUCAUGGUCUAGAAUUUUACCUUCAGGGCUCCCCAACAAUAAGAGCGAGCAGGGCCUCCUAUACUACGACCGCUUGAUCGACGAGCUCUUGAAGCACAAGAUAGCCCCAAUGGUCACCCUAUACCACUACGACCUUCCGCAAAAUCUGCAACGGCUCGGCGGCUGGGCGAACCCGCUCUCCGCGACCUGGUUCCAGGACUACGCGAGGGUCGUCUUCGAGCGGUACGGUGGCCGGGUGAGGUACUGGGUCACCCUCGACCAGCCCCACUCCAUCUGCAUGCACGGCUACGGCGCAGCCCUGAUGCCCCCAGCUCUGGAUUCAGCGGGGGCGGAGUACCUCUGCGCGAAGAACGUCCUGUUGGCUCACGCUUACACCUACAGGAUGUACGAGCGCGAGUUCCGGGAUAAGCAUCGAGGUUCCGUGGGUAUAUCGCUAUCCCUGAACUGGGCUGAUCCCGCCGACAACAGCACCGAGGCUUUGGAGGCGACGGAGAGGUUCCGCGAGUUCCACAUCGAUCUGUUCCUGCACCCUAUAUGGUCGAAGGCCGGUGACUUCCCCCCCAACGUGAAGAGGAUAGUGGCUAAGAGGAGCAAGGCCCAGGGCUUCUUCGGUUCCAGGCUGCCAGCACUGAGUCCGGAGGAAAUUAAACUGCUUAAAGGGUCAGCGGACUUCCUGGGCGUGAACCAUUACACCACGUUCCUUGUGAAGCCGAGCGCGCGUUUCCACGGUGCUGCAUUCGACGGUGACGUGGCGGCCGACGUCCAGUUCGGCGAGAAGUGGGAACGCGCACAGUCCCCCUGGCUGAGGAGCGCGCCCUACGGCCUGUACAAGCUGUGCCUGUACCUGAACAAGAGAUACGACUACCCGACCGUAUUCUUCACGGAGCAGGGCUGGUCCACGGGAACCGGUCUGCUGGAUCGAUCCAGGGUCAAGAAUCUGAGGGAGUACCUCAAGGCUCUGCUGCUGGCGAUAGAAGAUGGCACCGAAGUGCUCGGCUUCACCGUCUGGAGCUUGAUGGACAACGUGGAGUGGAACGCUGGCACCAGCGAGCGCUUUGGCCUCUACGAGGUGGACUUCGAUUCUGAGGAAAAGACAAGGCGGCCGAGGAUGUCUGCUCUUGUGUACAAACGCAUCAUAGAGAAGAGAAUCAUCGACGACUGGGAGCCUAAAGAUCUCAACAUCUCUCCACGGAAAAGAAUCGAGCUG